GAUGCUGAUGCUGAGGUAGGAGGUCUUUCAGUCGAUAUUGUACGCAUGCGCAGAGCUGUUCACAACAUCCAUUUGUCACAUCUUUUGUUAGUACAAAUUCAAACAAGGAGCGCAGCCAAACGCUAAGGAAAUACGCAGCGGUUUCCCUCAACAUGACAUCACGCGUUGGCCCCAGAGCUGCUGGUACCAAUGGAAAUGACUUUAAACACAGAGAGAGGGUGGCCCCACAUUACCAAAUGAGUGCUUCCCUGAAGUCAGAGGUGCGAAAAUUAAACCUGGUCCACCUUUUCAUCUGGCUGCUGGUAGCGGCACAAGUGGCUGUCAGCCACUUGAACCUGGUGUCACAUGACACAGUGUCCAUGCCGUACCAGUGGGAGUACCCCUACCUGCUCAGCCUCCUCCCUCUGCUCUGCAGCAGUCUGUCACUUCCAAAGAACAAUAUCAGUUACCUGGUCAUAUCCAUGAUCAGCGCAGGGCUGUUCUCUGUGGCACCUCUCAUUUAUGGUGGGAUGGAGAUGUUUCCUGUAGCACAACAGCUCUACCGCCAUGGAAAGGCCUACCGUUUCAUUUUUGGCGUCUCUGCAGUGACUGUUAUGUACCUCAUCAUGGUGGUUGCUGUUCAAGUGCACGCCUGGCAGUUAUAUUACAUGAAAAAGCUGUUAGACUCAUGGUUCAAUGCCACUCAGGAGAAGAAGAAGAAAUAAUGCAGUGAAGAAAACUGACUGGGCAAAACUGUGUUUUUAUCUUAAUUUAUACACAAGUUAUGAGUCUUAUUCAUGUCUACUUAUUCAGUCAUCAUUAACAUGUAACAUCAUACCUUUGACACCAGUGUUCCCUGACACAUAGUUGUAAAAUAGAGUAAGAUGUACAAUUUAUGCAGGAACCUGUAUUUUUUGUCACCAUUAUUUAUUUAAAGCAGAUAAUAAGUUUCUAGCACACACAAACAGGAGUGGCAUCAAAGCAACAUCCAUAAACAUGGCAUUCAAUUACUUUGCACCCUCUUCAUCACUCAGUCUAGACUGCAAGUUUUCUCCAAACAGAGAAAUAGGUCAUUUAGGACCAAGACAUCAUUGGCAUCUCUCUAAAAAUGUUGUCAUGAUUUGAACAGAAUAGAUGUAGAGGUGUUCAUACUUGUUCAUUCAAGUACAAAAGUGAAGGCAUGAAUGUUCCAACAUGUACAUUUUGCUUAGAAAUUGCUACUGUAUGUGUUAAAAGAAGAAGGUUUGCCUUUGCUGCAGACGUGCUGAUGUUGUCACUUUCAGUAAGUCUACCUCUUAUAAUAGUAUUUUUUCAGAAUGCAUCUAAACCAUUAAAAGGGAAGGGUGGUAAUCACAAUAGCUCCCUGUACUGUUAUGUUUUAAGGUAUUCACAUUUAGCAUCCAAAAGCCAGUUUAUUAAGCCUAUGUACAUGAAUAAAAUAUGCAUUGUAAACCAAUUAAAAAUAAAAUGAAUGCUCUUCAA